GUAAUCCACCAAUUCGUCUUUUAUAACCGACCAUAAACUUCGUGCAGAAGAAGAAGCGACAGAAUCCUGGGAACAUAUAAAAGAUUAAUAAAACACUUUUUAAGGUGCAGAGGAGUGAACAUUUUGCUGUGGUGUUAAGAAGAGCCUUCGGAAAUUUGCAAAAACUGCGAUGGUGCUGAAUGUCUACACAGCAGUCUUCAACAGACAAACUCAGCUGCUGCUUCAGAAUAAGAUUUCUGAGUAAAGGUCUGCAGGAGACUCACCAUGGUGCAGGAAAAGAGCAACGGGAUAAACAAAGACAUGGCACUCCUGCCAGUUCAACAGAAUACACCUGCUUUGUCAUGGGAUUUGAAGAUCAAGAAAAAGCUCAAGACUGUGCCUCUCUGUCUUGGCAAGUUGAGGCCAGUUGUGGGCCAGCGCUGCCACCAGUGCACCCCUGACAGUCUGUGCAAGAAAUUUGAAAAGAACUAUUCCCUUGGCUUCCACAACCUGCUGAGUGUUAAUGAGACAGACACCAGGUAUCGAGGCUGGCUGGCACGCAGGAUGUGCUGCGCACUGUUUGUGAGUGGGUGCAAGGUUUACGUGAGUCCAGUUAACAACAGACUGGACAGAAUCUGUCAGAGCAACAGAGUGGAGGCGGCACUCAGAGCAGAACAUGAAACACCUGAGGGGGGAGAUGGCCAAAGGAAGCUUAACUGCCUCUCACCAUUCUUCCCCCUUAUUAACACUUGGAUCUCCCCUGGCCUCUUACGAUUCGUGGGCUGGGUGAUGCUUAAGAUGCUUCCUUCCGUAUUUGGCAGUAUUCAGGUUAACCUCAACCAUAUGGUGGCUUUGCAAAGAGCUUCACAAGAGGGAUCUCUGCUGGUGUAUGUGUAUGUGCGUCAGAGCAUCAUGGACUGUGCUCUUAUCCCUUUGGUGCUCUUCUGUCAAAACCUGAGAGUCCCAUACACUCUUUGUCCCCUCCAGAUUAACAGUUCCUUCCUAAGAUCAAUCCUGCAAAAAGUAGGUGUGGUCCUUCUACCACCUUCAGCACUGACUGAGCAGGAUGCUGAGACAGACAGACUGUAUGCACCUGUCAUGACCUCUCUGGUACGUGAGCUGCUGCAUGAGGGCCAGGCGAUAAGCGUUGGUGUGUCUGCGAAGUCUGGCCAAGGUGGGCAGUGGCUGGCUCACAUCAGACAGCUCAUUAAAGAAGGAUCUGUCCCUGAUGUUAGUCUGGUCCCUGUGGGCAUCUCCUACGACAGUCUUCCCACGACCAACAUACAGGUUGGCCUGAAGCCUGUGUUGCAGUGGCUAUGGUCUCUUCUCUGGAGAAGACCAGGAGGAAUUGUGAGGAUCCACUUCGCAGAGCCCUUUUCUUUCAAGGAGAUGUGUGAGUCAUGGAGAAACAGAGUAGAUGAAUGGCUCCCUCUACAGGACCUGUUGCUGCCUGUUAUUCUCAACAACAGUACUGACACUGUGCUUGGGCAGAGGAGGAUGUCGUGGCUCCUGCCUCCUCAUUAUGCAUCUGAACUUGAGCCAUCUGACCCAGAGAGAGACCUCAGCACCGUCAUCAUCCUCCACCACAUCUUUUCUGCAACCUCCUGCACAGCUGUGAUGUCCACCAGUCUGGUGUCCAGUCUUUUGCUGUACAGACACCGCAAGGGUGUGAGUCUAUCUGCCCUGUGUCGUGAUGUGGUUUGGCUCACGGAGGAAGUCUUGUUGAAGAACAAGGACGUCGGCUUUGGGGGAAGUUUAGCGGAGGUUGUCCAUCAUUCCCUCUCUCUGCUCACCCCUCACCUCAUCAUUGCUGCAGUGCCGUCUAGAAAAGACCCAUUUAUUAUACCCCGCCCUUCUCUUGCCGCCUCACUUCACCUCAACCUUCAGGCCCACAUUGUCAGACACACUUUUAUCUUGGAAGCUGUUGGUGCGUGUGCAGUGUCCGCCAUGCUGUGUGAGGUUGCUAUCAGUGGCAUCAGCAGCAGGGUGAGGAGUGACGGCGUGGAUGGGGACAGAGUCAGAGGUGACAUGGAGUUUGAUGUGGUGCUGUGCCAGUCUGAGCUGACUGAGAGAGCCCUGCAGCUCUGCCAUCUCCUUCCCCCAGGCUUCAUGCCACCCUGUCAGUCAUCCCAUAGUUUUGCUCUGGAUGCCAUUGACAGUCUGGUGCGCUGUGGGAUCCUGGUCAUGGAAGAAAUUCCCAGGGGUGUUCCUGUCUGUGACUUCUGGAAGAAGGAGGGUGCUCUGAGCUGGACCACCUCUGAUGACCCUUAUCACAGUGACUCCGACUGUGGGGAGGAGGAGCUGCAUUCAUACAGGCUGUCCCAGCCAAGACAGUGUCCAGAGAUGCUGUUUUUCUUCUGCAGUAUGCUAGCUGGACACCUGAGGACUCUGUGCUGGACUGUCAAGGGCCUGGACCUCAUAAACACACCGCUGCCAGUUUCAUGUUUUCCUGCUGCAGAUGUAGACUUUGUAACUCAGAUGCAUGCCCAUCUGUGUGACACAGCAAGAAAGAAGAAACAGCACUAUGAGAGCUGCUCAGAGGAGGCUGUACACACUGCAGUUAGAACACUAAUAGACCUGGGGGUCCUUUCAGAGCAGCACCAGAAGGAAGGCGUCUUCCUGGGAGUCAGUCUUUUGUUCCAGUUGUCAGAAAACAGGCAGAAACUCCACUGCUUCAUCUCGCAGUACAUCUACAAUUAAUGUGUUUAACGGAGCAGCAUGACUCAGUGCCUUGACAUAGUUCUUUUUUGUUGUUGUCAAAUGUGACCUCAUCCUCUUCGUUUCAGAGAAAUUGUGUACAAAAAGAUGCAUGCUGAGUCGGGACGUUGGUGCAUUUAGGUUAAUUAUGUCUUGAUUUUUCAGUGAUGAGAAAUUUAAGUUUGUCUUUGGUAAUAGCAUUAGCAUAAAGCUGCAGGAGAUGAGGAUUAUGAAGUCUCUAAUCAGUUGUGAGGACUCACUGGAAGAUGCUGCUGUUCAUGUUUCAGCCAUGUCUGUUGUAAUGAAGGCUGUGGAAGUUUAAUUUACUGCAUGUUAAAAUGUUUUAGUUCAACUUUUUUCUAAGUAAAUGUUCAUAUUGACAAUAAAUGUUCGUAUUUC